AUGCAUCUUCCGAAUGGAGCCCCGACGUCAGCUCGGCCGGUGACAGGCCUCGUGUCGCAGACAGGGCGGCAGCUGAUGCGCAAAGGGAGCUUCUCUGGACUCGGCUCUCCGAUCGGCAUCCCCCCCGUCUCUCUGAAGCCUUCCCUUAGCACUCCGGGGCCCGGACUCCAGAAGAGCGCCUCGGAUUCUCUGAUUCUGCCGCCCCUGAAAGCCGGCACGGGGCGACCUUCCACGGUGGCCCGGCGCGAGAACCGCAGGAGGCAGAUGCUGGCGGAGCAGAUGAUGGAAAGGACGGAGAGGUCCGAGAACGUGGCAGAGACGGGCUUGGUAGCAGAUAGACUCGACAGCUUCGAGGUCCU